UAGUCGAGGAAGUCGUAGGGUACCUAAUCAGGCUAAUCAAGCCUAUCAAGGGAGAGGUUUUGAUUAGACUUACUUGACCAUGGUCGAAUGGAAUAUUGCCGAAGGGCGCAGACUCCUGGAAAGAAUUGUGGAUUUUGCUGCUGAAUUUUCUUGGCUGUACGAAUUUCAUGGAACUCAGAUCUUAGACUCGGGUGUUCUGGAAUCCUUACCUGAUGGCUGGAGGGAAGCUUUAAGUUCACUGACAUCCAACCAACUUAAUGGCAUUGCUGAAUGCCAGAGUCAGGCUGAGUUUCCAGCAAGCCUGCAAAAGUUCCUGCAAUCUUGCAAUGAACUUUCCAUCCACAAGAUCCUGCCAGAUGUCCAAGAGGAGGAAUUACCAGAGUGGAAAGCACUUGGUGUUGGAGAGAAGAAGCGAUACGAGGUGCCCCGACUGACUAGGCUUGUGAAGCAUGUGCAGACACACACCAAGUCUAAUGUGGUGCUGGACAUUGGCUGUGGCUUAGGAUAUGUUGACUCCCUGUUGCACCACGACCUGGGCGCGCGGGUGCUGGGCGUGGAGAGCGAGCCUCAGCGCGUGCAGAGCGCGCGUGCUCGUCAAGUGCGGCUGUGUGGGCGCGAGUGUCCGCACCUACAGUACCUUGUGUGGCGUCUCGAGGACGACAAGGAGACCGUCCUGAAGGCGGGCGCCGUUGCCGAGCAGCUGGUGAACGCAUCGCGUGAUGCGCUGCCUUGUUUAUGUAAUGUGAAGAACAACAUUCUUAGUAAUUCGUCGUCUGAAGCAGAGAAGGUCGUGCAAAUACCAAGCGGAACGAUUUUGGAAGACAGUUUAGUUGGAAGCAACUCAUCGACGAGGGGAAAAGAAGACAAAAUGACGGUAUCAACAGCGAGCUCAACAGGAAUGAAAUCUUCUGCUGCAAAACUUGAAUCUAAAAUGUCAACGGAUGAGCAUAGAUCCAGUGCCGAGAUUAAGAAAAGUGAAAGCUAUGUGUGUCUGGAAGAGAGUUCAAUUAAAGUCGGCUCUUCCAUACCUGCGCAUGAAGGCUCUCAGAAUAUUUUGGAUAGCUCCUCUGAGAUGUUCUUCCCGUUCAGUCUUAGUUCUACGAGCAGCGAGAGCGUGACGCUGCUUGGUCUGCAUGCGUGUGCUGACUUAUCCACUACGAUGAUAAGAGUAUUCAUGUGCUGCAACAGGAUUUCCGCGAUGGUUUUACUGUCCUGUUGCUACCAUAAGCUUCAGGCCACCCAGCUAAAUGCAUCGAAUUCCCAAGACUCCAGAAAAGCAUCAACAGAAGAUGACUCGGAAACUGAUACAGACGUGACACAUCAGUCGGAGACCAGUGAGGGCUACAAGAGCAACGUUUCCAACGAAUGUACAAAACUCGACACAAAAUCCAAGCUUUUCGCUAAACACAGCGCCUCUAAUCGUCCUCAGCACCUCAAAUCUCACAUGCCUAUGACUCCAACUAACAGACGGAUAAGUGAGCCCGAUUGUUUGUUCAAGAAUUUCCCGUUGAGUCGCUCGUUGACUGUUCUAACCUACCAACGCGGCUUCAGCCUCAGCGUGUACGGUCUCAGACUUGCGUGUCAGGAGCCUGGCGCGCGCUGGAGGAACAUGCAAGCCGCGCAGCACCGCGCGCACGAGAACGCCUUGCUCUUCCGCGCCGUGCUUGACUGCGUCUGCGCCAAGAAUGGCGUUUAUCUGGUGAAGAAGAAGCGGAGAUGCGCCAAGAAAGAGCAGCUUUCUUCCUUCGAAAGUUACUUGGGUUCUGUCUUACAAUGCUACGAGAUCAAGUCCGCUAGUGCAGUACCCAAAUACUCAAGUCCACCGCAUCGUCCUGCUGAAGAAGACUCAUCAUCGUCAUCAUCGUGUGAAGACCGGGACUGCGGCGCCAGCGCUUCCACAGAGAGCUCACUUCUCGGCAACAACUCUAAGUCAUCAGAAGUUCCUGCAUCGGCUGUUGAACCGAACUGCAGCGUCAACGAUCAUUGUAUUUCUAGCUCUGUAGAUAUGCGCAGUAAUGCUUCUGACUCUGUAGGUAUGUGCAGUAGUGCCUCGAGCUCUGUAGGUAUGCGCAGUAAUGCCACGAACCCUGCAGGUAUCCACAGUAAUGCCACGAGCCCUGUAGGUAUGUGCAGUGAAGCUCCCAGUUCGGGAAAAGACCAACACCAAGAAGGUGUUUUCUUUCUUCCAGAAAAGGCCUCUUCUGAGGUUACGCUUGACAGAAACGGAUCUAAGAGCAUUCUGACUGAACAGGUUUUACGGCAAGAAAAAAGUAAUCAGAGUGAAAAUGAAAUCCCGGCUGACGAUUUUCCCGUCGAUGACAGCCUGGCAGCAAAGCUGAAGCGUUUUGAAGAUUCUAUAAAUUCAAAAAAAUCGUCUCAAAAAUCAAGUCUGUCAGGUGUCUCAGGUGCGAAAUCCGUCGAUCCAAAAACUUUAUUUUCGGGAGAAAUAACUUUAUCCCGACUGAUGCCUGCCCUGCGAGAGUGCUACAGUCGGCACCAGCACCUGGGACCGCUGUUGGAGGCGGUCACAGGUCUUCAGCUGGCCAUGCAGGGCGUGCUGGAGGCCCUGGUUUUGCUGGACCGCGUCCUCUACGCCCUCGAGUCCAAGUUCUGCUCGAGUGUGCAGCUCAUUAAAGUCUUUGACGCGGCGGUGUCUCCGCGCUGUGCUGCCCUCGUCCUCUACAAAUGAGACUGUUUUGUUAAAUGCUCCUGUAGCGAUAAUAGCUGAGCAAUGACAACCGAAAUUGCCGAAUUAGCUUAUUAUUACAUUCAAUUGCAAGUGAUAACAAAAGAAACGAAAAUAUUUUUA